CUCGUUCUCUUCUUACUCCUCUUCUCUGCCCUUAGGAGCUUACAUUGUACUGGUGGGAAAUAAGAUCUAGGCAGCUAAAUCAGUACACAAUUAUACAAGCUCGUGAUUCCUAAAGGUUGUUGUGGAGCAGUUGCCUCCUAAACCAGCAUCUUAGAGGAUGUAGGGAUACUUAAGUAAAUCAUCAGAAGAGCUACAGACUGCCUCUGAAGGAUGGAUGAAAAUAGUGUGGAAGCUUCCAUCCAGACCUAUCAUGUCCAGCUGCAGCAAGUGGAGCUGGCCUUGGGGACCGGCUUGGACCCUACUGAAAAGGCUGACUUGCUUCAGCUCCAGGCGGACUUAAAGCAGCUGAUCGAGCUGACUGAGUCCAGUCUUGUAUCCAUCAAGAAGAGCAAGCUCCUGGCCACACUGGACCCAAGCCUUGGCCUGAUUGAGAGUGCAGUUAGGGAUGAAGCUGAGUAUUUGGCUUUCCAGAAUGCCAUUAGUGAAGUGACAGGAGCUUCUGAGGUUCAAGGUGCUGAAACAGCAACCUCUCCUGGAAGAGGAGAAACUGAGCCUGACAAAUCUGGACAUGAAGAGGAAGAAGAGGAAGAGUUGAGUGGGAUGAAAGUGAAUGCUCCCUACUAUAGUUCAUGGGGCACUCUGGAAUACCACAAUGCUAUGAUUGUGGGGACAGAGCAAACAGAGGAUGGCACAGCAGGAGUCCGUGUGCUCUAUCUCUACCCGACUCACAAGUCCCUAAAACCCUGUCCCUUCUUCUUGGAGGGAAAAUGUCGAUUCAAAGAGAACUGCAGGUUCUCCCAUGGGCAAGUAGUUGCUGUAGAUGAGCUUCGCCCCUUCCAGGAGCCAGACCUGAGUGCUCUGCACACAGGUUCAGCCUGUCUGGCGAAGUAUGAUGAUGGAAUUUGGUAUCCAGCCCGGAUCACAGAUGUGGACAGUGGCUACUACACAGUCAAGUUUGACUCACUGCUUCUCAAAGAGACUGUGGUGGAGGGAGAUGGUAUUAUGCCUCCCCUCCGAAGUGAAGACAGUACACUUUCAGAAUCUGAUGGAGAUGAUGUGGAUGAUUCCAGCUAUGCCAAAGUUAUGGAGUCAGAAACCUUGGAAAAAGGGGCUUGGGGCCCUGCUUGCAGCUCCUCGUUUGCUGGCUGGGAGGCACAUACCCGUGGUAUUGGUUCCAAACUUCUUGCUCAGAUGGGCUAUGAGUUCGGCAAAGGUCUUGGAAAGAAUGCUGAGGGCCGGGUUGAGCCCAUCCAUGCAGUGGUGCUUCCAAAGGGGAAGUCUUUAGAUCAGUGUGCUGAAAUUCUUCAGAAAAGAACAAGUGGCAAGCCAAACCUUGGCAAGCCACGGAAAAGCCAGGCUAAGGGGAAUGGAGUCAAGGGACGCCCACCCCAGCGCAAUGUGUUUGACUUCCUAAAUGAAAAACUCCAAGGCAAGGUUGCUAGGGUCCAAGAGGAAGGGAAGGUCCAAUCCCUUAAGAGGAGUAGCAAGGAGCUCUACCAUGCCAGCAAGAGUACCAAGCGAUCCUUAAGUGUACAGCUCUUCCAGAUCUUGGAGAAGGUGGAGCAAACUCAGAGGGAUAUCCGAAGCAUACAGGAAGCCUUGGCCCGGAACAUUGGCCGGCAUAGCGUGGCCACAGCCCAGCUGGAGGAGAAGUUGGCUGGAGCCCAGAAAGAGCUGAAGAAUCUUCGGGCCCAGGAGGCUGGUUUGCAGCGAGAACAGAAGACUGCUGAAACACACAAGAAAAUGACAGAGUUUUAGUGCUGAAGCUGGAGUUCCCUCUUGGCUCCUGAGUUCAUCCUUCCUCUUUUCUCUUUACCCCCACCCCCAUCCACUUCCCUGAAGUGGGUGUGGCCCAGGCCAGAAAACCCAAUUCCCUCCAUUCUCCUCCUCUACUCCUAGGCACCUGGUACUUGAGAGGGCAGGCCCCACUAGGAAUCCCUGUGCCAUCCUUAGUGAGCUCUGCUUCAAUCUCUCUGACUGGAGACCCCUUCUUUGGGGCCACAGUUAUGGAUAAGGGAUGGGGAUUUAGUCCUAGCUGGAGGCUCCCAAGGAAUGGGCUGGCUAAAGCGAUAGUUUCUGCCUCCUAAGCAACCAGACUUGGGGAACUAAAUUGUAUCUGCAUUAGAGAGAUCCAGGAAAUGAUAUCUUUUCCCACAUUCCCCCAGAGCCAGACUCCCUGACAGACUCACCCAUCAGCUACUUUGUGCCCUCCACUCUAUAGAAGGGUGUAGCCUGAGACUGGUUAGGAAGGUCAGGUGUCACUUCUCCCCCUCCCAAAACACACUGAGAGCAGAUGGAACCAGAGAGGAGGCCCAGAGGAGCAGGGUCUGCUUUGCUUUGCUGGUGACCUCAGGCCUGUCCUAACACAGACCAUGCUGUGCUGAUGGCAUUUUGACUCGGGGCAGCCUUUUCUUGGGACGGGGGAAUACUUUUCUCGACACUUGUUUUCCAGUUUGUUCUGCCACAAGGCCUUAGGAAGGAGUUUUUCUUAAACAAAAUGAUUAAAGUGACGUUGUUGCUGUGUCA